AGCAGCCAUGGCCCAUCAUCAGAAUUUCCUCAUCCCCAUCCAUGAAACCUUUCAUAAGUAUAAAUGCCCUGCAUGGCACUCCCCACUACACCCAAGCUCUUAGAUUGAUCGACAAGAAUUUCUUCUUCAUCUUUCGCCUUCUUUCUGCAACACUUGUUUUUCUUGAGAAAUGGAGUCGAAUCGGAAGCGCAAGGGGUUCAUGAGGAGCAAGUUGGUGAUGACUCUUUACCGUGCAACGAAGCCCACGACCUCAACGCUGAUCAGUGGUAAGGUUAAGCCUGACCCAUUUCCAUCACAUGCCUCUGUAGACUAUAUAGUGGAAGGGAAGUCGAUUCCUCAUACAGCAACAAAGCAAAGAAUGAUGGAUAUGAAGAAGAAAGGUGAUGAAGCGGCUGAAGUAGGGGCUCAUGCCAGUGAUGGUGUGAGUGGUGGAGGUGAAGAUAGUGUGGAUAAGAGAGCGGCCCUCUAUAUAUCGCGUGUCCAAGAGCGCAUAAGGUUGCAGAGGGCGGAAUCGGAGAGGAGGCAACGCUAGCUAUCCCAUUAUAUGGUUAGCUCAUUCUCUUUCGCGAAAAGAGAAAAAGAAGCGGAAUAUGUUCCGACUGCUCUUUAGUUCAUGUGUUUCUUAUGAAAAGAAUGCAUGUUCGUCGAUCGGUUAUAGUAGUAGCAAUUUUGUCAUUCUCUGUGCUGUAGUCAGUCUAGAUGCUCAUGUAAUCAGAUGUUUCAUAUGUAGCGUCUCUUCCAUAUAUAUAUGUAAGAUUUAAUA